CUGUGAGCAAGCGCGACCUUUAACAACCAAUUGAUUGCGUUUGUCAGUAAAUAUGUCAUCUGGAUACGGUAUGCACGGUGGCGUCGGCCGAUGCUUUUCGUUCUGGCAGGAGGUGAUGGGUUGCUAUGUAGUAAAUACCACCGCGGAGGACGACUCGGGAAAGAAAAAGUGCGGCUUGGCCCUUGAAGAUUAUUACGAAUGCUUACAUCACAAAAAGGAGCAUGCGCGCGCUCUUGCAAUGCAGGCCGCCUAUGCUCGAUCCGAAGCCGCGACACCUCGAGACGAUGCCCCUAGCGCUGGGCAGAUAAGAAAUUUGGGUUUGAUUGGAAAAGAAAAUGAUACCAAGGCGGUGUUGGGAGAAAAAUGA